GAGAAUGCGCUUCAGCAGAUGAAACCGCUGCCAAAAAAUACCCGAUGAAAUUGGCUGCGAUCAUUCAAAACGGGCAAUACAAUUCACAUCAAGUUUUUAACGCGGACGAGAGUGGCCUUUAUUGGAAAAAAUGCCAUCUCGUACGUAUCUGGCCAAAAGUGAGAAAACGGCGGGUGGAUUCAAAGCUACAAAGGAUAGAGUUACCCUUCUCUUUUGCAGCAAUGCAUCGGGUGACAGACUGCUGAAGCCCUUACUUAUUCAUCGUCAUUUGCGACCUCGUGCCUUAAAGGGGGAAAGCUAUGAUUUACUCCCAGUACACUGGAUGGCGAACCAAAAAGCAUGGGUGACGACAGCUGUUUUUAAACAGUGGUUCGAUGAAAUGUUCAUCCCAGAGGUCAAGGCCUAUCUAGAAGAGAAAGGCCUUGACUUCCACGUUCUAUUGCUCGUUGAUAAUGCUCCCGGACAUACAAUAAUUGAUCACCCUAACGUGAAGGUUAUCUUCCUGCCUCCAAACACGACGUCGCUGAUACAGCCUCUAGACCAGGGCAUCAUUGCUAAUUUCAAAAAGCUGUAUAUAAGCAGGACGAUGCAACACAUUUUAGAGAUGAUUGAGAAUGAUUCAAAACUUAGCGUACCGGACGCAUGGAAGGCGUUUACAAUAAAAGAGUGCGUCGGUUAUAUCGGAGCGGCUGUCGCAGAUAUCAAGCCCUCUACGCUUAAUGCGUGUUGGAGGUCGAUCUGGCCUGAGCGUGUGAAGAAGCGUCCACGCGCUGAAGAGACGGAUGACGUCUCUGAAAUAAUUCUACUCGCACAUGCUAUUGGCGGGGAAGGGUUCAACGAUAUGAAUAGUGAUGAUGUGGAGGAGCUAACCCUGGAAGCGGCUCUAGGUGACGAGGACCUUCUGGAUAUGACGCAACAUUCAGAGCAGGAAAAAAAUUGUGACGAUGUUCAAGAAAUGAGUGCCGAAAAAUUGGAAGAGGGGUUGAGGCUGGCAGAGCAACUAGCGAACCAUUUUAUCGCGAACGAUAUCCAUGUAGAACGUGCAGUGUCCUUCCGGAAUGACCUCACAUAUUGCAUGGCUCGAUACAAGGAACUGCACAAAUCUAUGAAAAAUUAACUUCUUGCUUUAGCAAACUGUUAUAAAAUUUGAUUAAAAUAAUGAAGUUUCGACCUGUAAAAAAAAUUAGGUGUUGUCUGCUCUCCGAUGGUGAUUUCUGCACGUUGCACCGCCCUGCGGUUGCUGACAAUCAACAUUUCCGUCUUGUGGUGGGCUAUCUGCAGUUUCACACUUUGCAUCCACCUUCCGAUCAUGUCUAUCGAUUCGGUCGCGAGCAUUUCGACCCGUUCCAAGGAUUCUCCGGUCACGAGAAUAACAAUGUCAUCCGCGAAGCCAAUGAUCUCCACACCUCUGGGCAGAUUCAGUUUUAGUACGCCAUCGUACAUGCUGUUCCAGAGCGAUGGACCCAGGAUAGAGCCCUGCGGAACUCCAGCCGUAGUUUUAAACUGCGCCUGGCCCGUGUUUGUCUCGUACACCAGCACACGGUUCUCGAAGUAGCUUCUCAGUAUUCUACACAGGUAUUCAGGGACUCUCAUCGUGUGGAGCGCAGUCGCGAUGGCCUCCCAGCUGGCACUAUUGAACGCGUUCUUAACGUCGAUCGUUAUCACUGCGCAGUAUCGAUUUCCUCUGAGCUUCUGUUUGGAUGCUCUGUUUGCUCUUUCGACCACUAUGCGAAUGGCAUCUACCGUGGAUCUCCCUUUCCGAAAUCCGAAUUGACUAUCGGACAGUCCACGAACUCCCUCCGUGCAUUCCGUCAGCCUAUUGAGGAUGAUUCUCUCCAAAAGUUUCUCCAGAGUGUCCAACAGGCAUAUGGGUCUAUACGAUGCUGGAUCACCCGGCGUCUUUCCUGGUUUGGGCAGUAGUACUAGCUUUUGUACCUUCCAUCGAUCCGGAAAGUAGCAUUCGUCUAGACACUUCUGCAUUGCUGUCCUGAACAUAUCAGGGAAUGCUAGGACUGCCGCUUUCAAAACUACGUUGGGGAUUCCAUCUGGGCCAGGCGCUUUCUUCGUUUUGAGGCGUUUCAUAGCUGCAACUAGCUCGUCGUUCGUCACCUCUCUGCGUUCGAUGUUAUCCUCAUCCUCUCCAUAUGGCAUGGGUGGCCAGGUCGUUGGGUCGUGCUGCGGAAAUAACCCUUCCACGAUAGUUUUUAAUUUUUCGGGACACAUUUCGGAAGGUGUCGUUGGGCCCCUGAGCUUCGCCAUCACCACUCGGUAAGCAUUGCCCCAUGGAUUGACGUCCACGUCCCGACAUAACUCCCUGAUGCAAUUAGAUUUGCUCCGCUUAAUCGCCCGUUCAAGAGUGGAUCUAGCCUCUCUAAAUUCCACUCUCCACUCUUCUCUGGUGUCUAUGCUUGACCGUUGGAAGCGUCUUCUGGCGCUGAGGCAGUUGGCCCGGAGCACGCCAAGUGUCUCACUCCACCAGUAGGCUUAUACCUGGGUUCCUUUUUUCUUGGCAUUGUUAUAUCGCAUGCUUUGGCUAGCGUUUCCGUCAGUUCAUCCGCGUUCAUGUUC